CUUUUUUUUUUGUCAUCAUUCCGGUUUUUUGUGGUGGUUGUGUGACUUGUGGAAAAUUAAAUAAUUUCAAUUUAUUUACAAAUUAGUCGAAUUUCAUAAAUUAUUGCUACUUUAGAACCAUGGGUGUCGAUUUUCUGGGAUUUGCUUAUGCCGCUACUGUUGCCGCAGGCGGUAUUAUGGGAUACGCUAAAGCAGGUUCCAUUCCAUCACUAGGAGCAGGCAUUAUUUUCGGUUCUAUUUUGGGAGUUGGAGCGUAUCAGAUUACACAGGACCCUUCAAACUAUGGCCUUAUGCUAGGAACUACUACCACUCUUGGAGGACUUAUGGGAUACAGGUUCUACAACAGCAGAAAGUUCAUGCCAGCCGGUUUAGUGUUUGGUCUCUCCAUCGCUAUGGCCGUCAAACUGCUGGUGAAGAAUGUCGGAUCCAACCCGCUACCUGUCAAAGCUGGUUAAAUAUCUUUAAUAUUUUAAGUAUUCCUGCUGUGGGUGAGGUAUUUUAUUCUGUAUUCUUGAAAAUUCUUUCAAUAUUGUUCUGUGAGGAUCUAUUGUAAUGGUCAAAGCAUCGGUUAAUUUCUUUGUAUAUUUUUGUUAGAUAACUUGGAUAAAAGUAUUUUUUUUUGUCAGGUAACGUUUAAAGACUCGGAAAUUUACCUCACAUCAGGAAUACAGUAGAUUAGUAUUUAAUUUGUAGAUGUACAUAAGCUUACCUGUAGGUAAAAGACCUUUAAAAUAUUUUGAUCGCACAUUCUUCAACUUUUUUCUACAUAGUAAAUAUUAAGAUGAUAUUUAUUGAAUUAAUUUAUCAGAAUAUUUUUGUUGCUAAUUUUAGGCGAAAAUGAGGAAGCAUGACAGAGUUUUAUACCUAAAUAGAAUUCAAUAAAAUAUUGG